AUGACGGUGACGCGGAGAGAGUUAGAUCAACCGCCAGUGCAGACUGUGUUUGAGAUCAAAGACCACAGUGCUUCGUCCGCAUGGGAAAAGUUUUCGUCGCAGAUCCGGAAUGUUGUAGAGGAAUGGAAUCUGGAAGAGAGAAAGCCUAAUACAGACUCAGGGGCCAUCAUUAAGAACGAACAUCUUAUCGGGACAUACCCGAUUGGUCGUAGGUAUAAACGUACGCCGGUCGCGUACUUUCCCCCGCACAUACUAUCGAAUAGUAACAGCAUUAGCGGAGGCACACUCAGUCUUGGAGUGGCGGCCGAAUGGACACCACGCCCCAUAGACAAAUGGCUCACAGCCGAACAGCCAACAGGCACCAUAGAUCCCACAACCGCUAGCAGGUACUCCUUGUGGGCAAUCCCGCCGAAAGAGGCACCCGUACUAGAACUGACGAGUCUGUUAGAGUGUUUUAUGAAAUGGGACCUGAACUUCCACACAGCCAGUGGUAUCAACAACAACGCCAACGGCAUGAUAGAAGGCACGCUGAGAUACAGGAGGCUAUCAACACGCCACGGGAGGAGGGCAGAGGCUCCCGUGUUGAGCAUGCUGACUAGCGAGAACCAACUGAGCCGCCACUUCGUGGAGGGCGACAGUGAGGCGCCUCGAGCACUGGGCAAAGAAGGCUUUGAAGAGAUGACAGCCAAGCACGCGAACUCCGGCUAUGGCUACGACCCCGCCGGUCUCAGCCAGGCAGUCAAUCACCUGUCUACGGCCAUCGGCUCAGCAGGUACACAGAUCACCACCCAAGGGGCCAGGCUCAUGCGCAACAGUUCCCACAGCACACACAAACCAGGCCGCCACGGGCUGACCCAGGACGAUGUGGUCAUGAUGGUGUCGCGGUGCUUCAAUCUGAAGGCCGAGAUUGAGAAAAAACUAGCAAAAGGUCUGGAACGACCCCCGUGGAACUACAACGACCCUUAUCAGUGUAUAACCGCUGCCUUGGGCAUGUACAUGUGCGUGCUCGAUCGACACUACAGAGGCGAUGACUUGCAAGCGCCAUCGCCCGAUCUCAACUGCGCAUUGGUGCUGCAGAAGCUGCAGAUGCUCAACUGCUGCAUCCAAGGCAAACGGUUACGUGAGAAGGGUGUCUUGGACCUCAAGGAACAACAGAGACACACUCCACUGGCACAGACGAGGGAUGAACGCAAAGAUGUCCGCAGUGUCUGA